AAGACACCACUGGAUCGUAAGCCCCGUUCAGUUAGUCCAAAGGACCAAGCGAAUAACUGUACCAUCGGCCAAGGAUGCUCCGGGCUUGAAGCCCAAGGCUCCACACGUGUCUCAGCCCAUCUCGCUAGGCGAUUAAGGCUCCAAGUUAUCGGAGGUUACCUGUUUCCAGGCCUGCAUCUCUGCAGUUAGUGGCCCGGGGACUUUCCUGAGCCUGGUUCCUUUUACAGAACCGUAGCCCAUUCGCUUCGCCCAGUGGUGUCGUGAUUUGGAGUCUCCAUGCUGGGUUAUAAACAAUCCUAAAACCUCUUGUCUAGCCGAUGUGGGAUGUAAAGCUAACAUGUUAGGAAAACAAUUUUCAUUUCGUCAAAAGCUUCCAAGUUGCUUCUGCUGCUCAUCUCAGUCUGCUCUUCACCUUCAUACACUCCCAGCCAAUCCACAGCUCAAUAUUUCCACCGACUUAGCUGCUUCCCUACAGGGUCGUAUUUCAUACCCUCGUCUCCUUCAAAUCCAUGCUCAAGUCUUUCAAGUUGGUGCUCAGCAGGACAACCUGAUCGCCACUCGACUCAUUGGCCAUUACCCAUCUCAUCUCGCUCUCCGAGUCUUUCAUCAGCUCCAAAAACCCAACAUUUUUCCUUUCAAUGCCAUUAUCAGGGUCUUUGCGGAGGAGGGUCUCUUCUCCGAUGCGUUUUCCCUCUUCAAAAUCUUAAAGCAGACGUCGCUUUCCCCUAAUGACUUCACCUUCUCUUUCCUUCUCAAGGCCUGCUUUCGCUCAGAAAAUUCUCGUUAUGUCAAACAAAUUCAUACCCAUGUUACGAAAGUGGGGUUUCUUUGCAACUCAUUUGUCUGUGCCAGCCUACUUGCAGUGUAUGCGAAGGGACUUAAGGAUUUGGGUUCUGCACAUUUGGUGUUUGAUGAAAUGCCUGAGAAGAGUAUCGUUUGCUGUUGGACAUCGUUAAUUGCUGGUUAUGCUCGGUCAGGUCAGAGUGAGCAAGUUUUGCGGCUUUUCUUAAUGAUGGUUGAUGAGAAUUUGCGGCCAGAAGAUGAUACAAUGGUUAGUGUUUUGUCUGCGUGUUCAAAUCUUGACAUAGUUGAUGUUGAGAAAUGGGUUACAAUUCUAUCCGAAGUCGUCAGUAAUGUUGACGCUAAGAAGUUUGGUUGUGACUCUGUCAACACUGCACUUGUUUAUUUGUAUGGCAAGUGGGGAAAGGUUGAGAAGAGUCGGGAUCAAUUUGAUCAAAUUUCUGAUAAUGGAAAGCAAAGUGUGCUUCCUUGGAAUGCAAUGAUAGGUGCAUUUGUUCAGAACGGUUUUCCUAUGGAGUCUCUCAGUCUUUUCCGCGUAAUGGUGGAAGAUCCCAAGUAUAGGCCUAACCAUGUUACAAUGGUCAGCGUGCUUUCAGCUUGUGCUCAAAUUGGUGAUUUAGACCUCGGCAGGUGGGUUCAUGAGUACUUGAAAUCUAAAGGAAGCAAAGGUGUGAUAGGAUCAAACAGAAUUCUAGCCACUGCAUUGAUCGACAUGUAUUCGAAAUGUGGGAGUUUGGAGAGAGCAAAAGAGGUUUUCGAUCAGAUGGUCUCCAAAGAUAUUGUUUCAUUCAAUGCCAUGAUCAUGGGUCUUGCAGUUAACAGUGAAGGAGAGGAGGCCUUAAGGCUAUUCUCUAGAAUCCAAAAGUUUGGUUUACAACCCAAUGCGGGUACGUUCCUUGGUGCUUUAUGUGCAUGCAGCCACUCUGGUUUAUCCGAGGAAGGCCGUCAAAUAUUUAACGACAUGACCUCAAGCUUUUCUGUUUCUCCGAAAUUAGAACAUUAUGCUUGCUACAUUGACCUCCUUGCAAGAGUAGGCCUAGUUGAAGAAGCUCUGGAGGUUGUAACAUCCAUGCCCUUUGAGCCUAAUAGUUUUGUGUGGGGUGCUCUGCUUGGGGGCUGCCUGCUCCACUCAAGAGUAGACUUGGCUCAAUAUGUUUCCAACAAACUGGUUCGAUCGGACCCUGACAAUUCAGGAGGCUACAUAAUGCUGGCUAAUGCAUUUGCAUCUGAUCGUCGAUGGGGUGAUGUCUCCGUGCUGAGGUGGUUUAUGAGGGAGAAGGGGGUCACGAAGCAGCCUGGCUUCAGCUGGAUCAGCAUCGACGGCGUGGUGCAUGAAUUUCUCGUGGGGUGCCCGUCACACCCUCAAAUUGAGAGCAUAUAUAAUACGCUAGUUGGAUUGGUGAAGGAAAUGAAGAUAGCAAGUGUAUAGGGAGUUCACAAGCACCCAAGCAGUCGAGGGGAACGCUGAUUUUGUCAACUUCUGUUUUUUCCAUGGCAUUGCCUUCGCUUUGGUUUUUUGACGUAUGUUUUUUCCUUUGGGUUAAUCCGACAAAUAUUUACCAUUUUACAUGAGCCAAGAACUAUUUCCACCUGAGUUUGCAAAACUCAACUAUUUUGACAAAAAAAGAACUGUUGUAACCUCUUGGGGAUUUAAAAAGACCCAAAUACCUUGUAUCGAAUAAAUGGUCGAACUACCAAUGGGUUCCACCACAGUGGUGGUGGAUUCCCCCUCC